ACCAUUUUGAAAGCGACUACUGCCAACUUUCUCUUGACAAUAUAGCUUCAAGCGUUAAGGAUUAAUACUGAAUAAAAACAUUACCAAAAUGCCGACUUCUACUGGUGACCUGGGCUUCGAGUGUGCCGUUAUCACCGGCGGCGCCGGAGGUAUCGGCAAAGUGAUGGCACAAUACUUCAUCUCGAAGGGCAAGAAGGUUCUUAUUGCCGGCCGAACAGAUUCGAAACUUCAAGACACCAUGAAGGAAAUCGGAGCCGCGGGCUAUUAUGUCCUUGAUACCGGCGAAGUCCAAUCGAUCCCAGAUUUCGUCAAGCGCAUUACUGCGGACCAUCCUGAACUGGACUGUCUGGUCAACAACGCCGGUGUACAGCGACCCCUUGAGGUCCUUAAGGAUGACGACUUCCUUUCAAAGGCAGACCAAGAGAUCGACAUCAACAUUCGGGGCCCGAUGCACCUUGCCUUGGAGUUUCUACCUCAUCUACAGGCCAAGAAGUCUGCUCUCAUCGUCAAUGUUUCGAGCGUUCUCGGGUUUAUCCCAUUCUCCAUCAUCAACCCUGUUUACAACGGCACCAAAGCGUGGAUGCACUUCUGGAGCAUGAACCUCCGCACACAGCUGAAGAAUGGAGGAUCAAAGGUUAGAGUGGUGGAGAUUGCGCCACCGACAGUCUCCACCGACCUGCACCGAGAAAGAUUGGACCCCAAUGACAACAAGAAGAAAAAUAACCCCAACGCUCUUAGCGUUAAUGAGUUUAUGGACCAAGUUGCUGGCAAAUUGGAGAAUGGAGAUGAGACCAUCGGACCAGGAAUGGCUGGGGAGGUUAUUGACCGUUGGUAUGGAGCCUUUGGAGAACAGUACGCAAAAGCAGCUGAAGGCCAGUAAAUACUUGUCUAUUCGUAUAGUCUUAGUGGAUGCUUCCAGACCAGUUAUUACCAUUAUAAGAACCAUUCUUUAGAAAAAAAAAUUUGGUUGCUAUAGGAUGGAUGAACUCGACAACUACAUGCAUACAUCACAAGGCCAAAAUGCCGAGCUUUUAGGUGUUUAUAGUCUGAG